AUGUCUGGGAAGAAGACCAAACCCCCAUUUGAGGACUUGGACCACUAUUCCUCGGAGAUAGACACUUCGCCGUCUCCCGAGUCGAAUGCUUCGCCUCCAGACCAAGAACCCCCUCCAUACUCAGAGCGGGAACCCGCCGGAAGCUCUGCAUUUCCUGAGGCCAGUUCUUCAAAAGCUCGUGAUGCAGCAAUUAACGCUCCGCAAAGCGCUCCCCAGCAAAGCUCAUCAGCAACACCAGUGACGGGAUCGUCUUCUAGUCGAGACAGGCCCAUCGCAAUCCCGGCAAUCGACUGCGCGCGUGAGUCUCCUUUUCUCCGUUCGUACGCCCCUUCGUUGAACGAGUAUCAAAUCCCCAAGGAUAAAUUUCUCACCUUCUUGGACGACCUCAACGAUGCCAUGACUACCAGCCCACCGAUGCAAGUACUGGAUGCGACAGGGGGCAUCCUUCAGUCCGUCCCUAUCUUAUUCCCACUCCACUGGAUCGGCUCUGUGGUAAGCGGGCUCGCAAAUCUCGGCGGACAAGGAAUCUCUAAGAGCCGAUCCGACUCCACCAUCCGCCAAGCCAACAAGGAUCUUUUCGCGCCCCACGGGUUGAAGGCUGAGAUUGCCAAGCUGGACGCCUUGGCUCAUAUCGCGAAGAUUCCUAUCUUAGAUUCCCAGGGCAAAGUCAACAAACAGGCGCCUAUCCUGCGGCAGUUGGCUGAGCUGCCUAGCGCCCCGGCGGAUGGAUCUCAGCUCGAUUUGCAGCAGCGUCGGAUUCGAGUGCUGCAGCCUUGGAUUGCGGAGCUUGAUGUGGAUGUCUUGCCUUGGACGUCGAAGUCGAGGCUUACGCGUUUUAAUGCGGCCCUGAAGAAGAGGUAUGAUGCGAGAUAUCAGGACCCUGCGUGUAGUGGGAAUCCUGAGGGAGAGGAAGAAGACCCUGGAUUCCGGAAGAGUCUUUGGCUUAUUAUUAGGAAGACGAAGGCUGGAGAUGUAAAGUAA